GGUCUGUGGUAAUUACACACUCUUUGCUUCGUAUUUUUUAACACAGGCCAGGAAUAUUUUUUAAUAUACCUAAUUAUUGUAUUGUUUGCCCGUAAUAAUUAAUUCGUGCUGCUUUGCUUUUAUUGAUCCAGUAUUGGAUUCAGUGGUAUACGAUACUUAAAAAAUAAAAAUAAUUGAAAAUGCGUUGUUGUGUGCUUUUCUGCAAAAACACUUCCAUCAAUGUGUCCACAUCAGAGAAGGGGAUUAGUUUUCAUGGUCUCCCCAGUGAUGUGCGUCUGCGUGCUGCUUGGCUCAGAGCCCUCGGCAAACAACACAGUCAGCUACCAGACUCUGCUGUGGUCUGCUCCCAGCAUUUUCUUAAUGAUGAAAUUUAUGAAACCAAAAGUGGCUUAAGGCAGAUUGCUACUGGUGCUGUUCCUUCAACAGUGCAGGUUUGCAUGAUAUGCCUAGACACUGACAGCAAGCUGUAUCCAAUGAGUAAACACAAAUUGGAAGAGGCAUAUGAAAGGUUAACAGGAUAUCCAUUAUGUGAUCAGAGAAACCUAAAACAUACAGUUUGCGUAAAAUGUGCUCAAAGACUGAUAAACUUUAGUAGAUUCAGAGACAAGAGCUUGAGAGCCCGUGCACUGAUGAUGGACUUAGUUGAAAAACAUGAAUUUAUAACAAGGCGACAUAUAAAAGGGAUAAACCGCACAAAGAACCAACUAAGCUGUGAUUUUGUGGUAACAAAGCUAUUACCUGACCACUGUGACUUAUACGUACAAGACUCCUCAGAAGACAAAAAGACAGAAUCUGAGCCAAUCAAAUGUAAUGUUUUAGUGAAAGUUGAAGAAAGUUAUGACCCUAUGUCGAUUGAUGAAGAUAUUCAAGUGACAAAUGAAGACGAGAAUAAUGGGAACUAUAUAAGUGAUGAAUUUUUUGUAUCUAAGGAGGAAUUGUUAUCCGACAACGAGAUAGUGUUGGACAUAAAACAAGAGGAUGAAAUGCCAGAUCCGUUAAACUAUGAAAGUACUGCCUUCAAAUGUUGUCUCUGUUUUUCGGAGUUUGUCGGUGAACAUGCAUAUAUGCAACAUAUGCGCAUGCAUGACCAGAACAGUGACGGUUAUGCUGACUGUGGCACGUCUCAAGUAUGCAAGCCUCAUACAGCCGUGAGCUCCUCACACUCUCCACACCUCACUGAGAACAAGCAGACCAUUCCGCUGAGCCAGGCCCCGAGCCCGUCCACACACUCAUCUCAAACUGCAGUCGCUCCUCUGUACGCGAGACUUGCGACGAAUAACGGAAACAAAUUGCAAGCUGAAGACGCCGAUACAGUCCAGGAGAGUUUCCAAGCGAGUGAUUGUAAUCUAUUGAUCCCUAUACAAACUCAAACAGAUAAAAAAAUUGUAAAAAAAUGUAAUUUGUGCGUAUUCACAACCACUCGAAAAUCCUAUUUAACGAAACACAUUAAAGUUCACACUGAUAAUAAGCCCUUGUCUUGUAAGUUAUGCAAAUACAAAUGUUCAAUAAAAAGGUCAUUAGAAACACAUAUGAGAACUCAUACAGGUGAAAAACCGUUUAUGUGCGAUUCGUGCGAGUAUAAAACUGCUAGUAAAAUUCAUUUAAUACGUCACAUUAAGAUUCACUCUGGUAAAAAACCUCAUACUUGCAAGCUAUGCUCAUUUAGUUGUGUACAAUCAGGUCAGUUAUCAAGUCACAUGAGACGGCACACUGGUGAGAAACCCUUUGCAUGCGAGUUGUGCGAUUUCAAAACUUCUCAGAGAACUAAUUUAAGGAAACACAUGAGAAACCACUCUGGUGGCCUUCAAAAGCCUUUGCCAAACCUUACUUGCAAAUUCUGUCCGUACAGGUGUGCGCAAAAGGGCAAUUUAGUUAAUCACAUCAAGAGAACUCACACCGAUGAAAAACCUUUCAUCUGUGAGAUAUGUGACUACAAGUGUGCACUAAAAUGUGACUUAGUGCGACACAUGAAAACACACAUUCAUGAAAAAUAUAUCUCUUGCGAGUUAUGCGACUACAAAUGUGCAGAUCGUAGAUAUUUAGAGAACCACAUGAGAAAACACACAGGUGAGAAACCAUAUACAUGCAAGUUAUGCGUGUACAAAUGCUCACUAAUGGGUACGCUCAAAAACCACAUAAGAACUCACACUGGUGAAAAACCAUAUUCGUGCAAGAUAUGUGACUACAAAUGUUCACAGAGUGGUAACUUGACGAGCCACAUGAGAACUCACACCGGUGAAAAACCUUUUACUUGCGAGUUAUGCGACUAUAAAUGUACAUAUAAUUCUACUCUAGUGACCCACAUGAGAGUUCACACUGGUGAAAAACCUUUCACUUGCAAGUUAUGUGACUACAAAUGUGCGGUUAGAUCGACUCUAGUGAGCCACAUGAGGACUCACACGGGUGAAAAACGUUAUACUUGCAAGUUAUGUGACUUCAAAUGUGCACAUAAAUGUACUCUAGUGAGUCACAUUAAGAGAACUCACACUGAGAAAAAUCCUCCAUCAUAGAACUCACACUGAGAAAAUCCUUCCUCAUAGAACUCCACAGAAAAAUCCUUUUUCAUAGAACUCACACUGAGAAAAAUCCAUCUUCAUAGAACUCACACUGAGAAAAAUCCUCCAUCAUAGAACUCACACUGAGAAAAAUCCUCCAUCAUUGAACUCACACUGAGAAAAAUCCUCCAUCAUAGAACUCACACUGAGAAAAAUCCUUCGUCAUAGAACUCACACUGAGAAAAUCCUUCGUCAUAGAAAUCACACUGAGAAAAAUCCUCCGUCAUAUAACUCACACUGAGAAAAAUCCUUCGUGAUAGAACUCACACUGAGAAAAUCCUUCGUCAUAGAACUCACACUGAGAAAAACCCUCUGUCAUAUAACUCACACUAAGAAAAAUCCUCCGUCAUAUAACUCACACUGAGAAAACACGCCCACUUCUACAUAUUAUGUUGUAGCAUGCUACGAAAUCGAACGACCGUCGAUUUUUGAGCACGCUAAUUUAAUAAGCAUGCUUAUUUUUAGCAAAGCAUGUACACGUGUGCUACUAGGUGGCAUUUG